CAUUCCGCCAUCCCUAAUCGUGCAUUUUAUCAACAAUUGCUUGAUAAACAAAGUUUUUUUUUUGCUUUGCUGUUGUCUUCUCUGGCUAAGACAGUUAAUCCAUUUGCCGAACAAAGUUUACAGAAAAAUGCAUCGAAAUCAUUUUGAACGUGAGCCUGAUUUUACUGAUCCUGUAGGUACAUUAAUUUUAACAGCUGCCAAUGAAGCUACCGAACAAGAGCUCGAUUCGGAAAACUAUCUUCGAAUGCCAAUUCACCGGAAAGUGUACACUGAUGCCGAUUUGUGUCCGACGGAAAAGGAUCCACGUUGCGAACCAGACUGGCCAUUGGCUUGCUACUGGCCUGUUUAUGUGAGCAACUUCCGGGUUAUUGCGUUUGCUGAUUGGUACAAACAUAUCUUUCAAUACUUCGCAUACAAAGGCCUAUUGGUGAAAACAGCUUUACUUCGUGGUCCAUCCGAUAAGCAUUUCAAAGUAGUUCAGAAAGAAUUCUCCAUCAUUGACACGUUGGUUUAUUUUACCAGCAAGGAGGAUGCCGAAAAUGCGAUUAGGUAUUGCCACCGUGAAAUCUACUACGGACAUCGGUUGAACGUUCUGUCCGGCAGAGAUGCCGAUUAUUUCGAUAACGAUCGGAGCCUCCGAGUGAAGCAGCUAGCCAAAUCUAGUUUCUACAAAACAGACUAUUAUUAUGAGCAAACACUCUCGAAAUUCGGCAAAGUCGAACUGGUGGUCCAGCAUAGCGCCAGUGAGUUCCUGGUUCAAUUUAUCAAUAAAGCUGCUAUGAUAUCGGCCCUAUGUAAAGUUGCCUGGAUGGUACCGAGUCCACUUACCGGACGUAUUCGUAAACAGCGCUAUCUCGAGAAGGAUGUACGGGCGCAACUGAUUAAUAAAAUUCAUUAUGAAGAGUUCUUGGAGAUCAAACCCGAAAAGCACAUACUGCGGGCCUUAUUGAAAGGGGAAAUUCCGCCGUGCGGCCUCGACUGGCAGGGUCACACGGAACCGAUGCUCUCGCGUAGACAACUCGCAAUGAAAAACAAAACCAAAAAAUUUCUGGCAAAAGCGGACCAGCAGAAAAAACCUGCUGAUGCAGAAGAUGGUAUAUCUAGCGAGAAGAUGAAAGCCAGGAAAAGGGAAAUUGAAAGGUCUUCAAAGGCAUUUCUGGCAAAGAUAGGCGUGAGUCCCUCCAAGCGACGAGUUUGCGAAAAUACAUCAUUCAGAGCAUCCGAACACUGGAAAAAGAUAAAACAAGGAUCGUCAGUUUAGGGGCAAUGCAUAUUGUUUUCCAUCUUCGUCUUGUAUUCCGAUGCAAAACAUGACCAUACUCUUCGUAGUCGAUUCUGUGUGUCACAAUACAAAAUGCUACGAAAUCUUUCGACAAUGGAUCUGUUUUUUUAAACUGCACUGAAAUUAUUUUUAUAAUUAAACUUAAAUUUUCCCCUUUGCCUA